UUUCGCACUCCGUUGGGAUCGGAGCGGCGCGUCUCCUAUCGGUACCGGAAGUUCAACCCAAAAUUUCCAAACAGUCGGCCGUGGCCUUUAUUAUAUUUCUGCCGGACGAGAGAGAAAACGAAAAUAUCCGAGAAGGACGCGGAUCCCGAUCGCCUGAUAUUCGAUCCUCGAUCUGCCGUCGUCUGGUUAAAAAUUAAAAAAAAAAGAAGUGAACGCGCUUUUCUAUCGUUCGUACUUAUUUUUCUAUUCCAAACGGUAGGAAAAAGUCGCCAUCGCGUCACUACCGAUAAGCGACGAAAGUCCGUCCUCCCGGGCAGUUCGAACUUUUGGCGACAGAGGGGGCGAUCGAAGUGGUUCGACGUUCGAACCGGCGUCUGGACCCAAUUUCGAAUGGCCGAAAUGGAGGGGGAGAAAUUAGAAGCGGAGAAACUUUUCGAGGCGGUGGAGACCAUCAUGAAUCCGUCGAUCGGCCAGGAACGGAGAGGAGAAGCUUACCGGAUAUGUGAAAAUUUUAAAGAGACUUCGCCGCUCUGUGCGCAUUGCGGAUUACUUUUGUCGUCGAUUGAAAAUCCACCUGUAGUUCGUCACUUUGGACUUCAGCUAAUAGAGCACCAUAUAAAAUUUCGUUGGAAUUUCUUAUCACAGGAAGAAAAAUGCUGCAUUAAAAACAGUGCAAUGAAUUUAUUAACUAAAGGCACGAAUUCUAUUCUGGAUGAAGAAGCACACAUAAAGGAUGGAAUGUCAAGGAUCAUCGUAGAAAUGAUCAAGAGAGAAUGGCCUCAGCAGUGGCCGGAACUUUUAAAUGAACUAAGUGAAUUGUGUAAAGUUGGAGAGACUCAAAAAGAAUUAGUCUGUCUCAUAUUUUUAAGGCUGGUGGAAGAUAUUGUUACUCUGCAAAAUGUUCAAAAUCAAAGAAGAAGGGAAAUAUAUCAAGCUCUAACCAGUAAUCUACAGAAAAUAUUUGUAUUUUUUGUUACUUCUUUAAAGACUCAUUACUAUGAAUAUAAAACCUUGGAGACUCAAAAAGAAUUAGUCUGUCUCAUAUUUUUAAGGCUGGUGGAAGAUAUUGUUACUCUGCAAAAUGUUCAAAAUCAAAGAAGAAGGGAAAUAUAUCAAGCUCUAACCAGUAAUCUACAGAAAAUAUUUGUAUUUUUUGUUACUUCUUUAAAGACUCAUUACUAUGAAUAUAAAACCUUGGUUAGUUAA